AUGCUACCUGUACGUCUUGACCCAUCUGUCCAUGAUGUUCGGUACUUUGCUGCACUUUUACGUGGCGUCAAUUUUGUCAACAGGGCUACGAUUACUGUCACCAAGAGAGGAUUUAUCGCAGUGGUAGAAGAAGCACGGACUCUGUUGGCAUUAGGAACCGCAUAUAUCUUUUCCGACGUCUUUGACGAAUACGAAUAUAAUUCCGAAUCUCCAAGCAAUACCCAGGAUAGCGCAGACGACGAAGAUGGUGCCAAUGCCGCCUUUGAAGUACCAUUGAACACCCUUAUCGAGUGUCUAAACAUAUUCGGAACCGCGGGCGGGUCCAACUACAACACCCCCGGAGGCGGCCGACAUACUAGAUGGAAAAAGGUUAACGACAACGACGAUGGUGAUGAGCGCGACGACGAUGACGAUGGGGGACGGGGCAGGAUACAACAAUUCUUUGGCGGUAGCUCUGAAAAGAGGACGGGGAUGCGAAUGUCGUAUGCUGGUGCUGGAUACCCCUUGACUCUGCUUCUUGCUGAAGACUCGACCGGUCCGACAACGACGUGCGAGAUAUCUACAUACGAUGCCGAACCUCACCUCGAACUUCCAUUUGAUCUGGAAAAAAUGGUUCUCAAAAUCAUUCUCAAAUCAGAAUGGCUACGCGACGCGCUCUCAGAAUUGGAUCCCUCAUGCGAGAAACUAACGUUUAUUGGAAAUCCUCCCCCGAGGGAAGAUCCCCAAAGACAGAAGGCCAAGUCACGGGUAGGAUUGAAGCCAAUGCUUCGCAUCCAGGCCACAGGAACGUUCGGUAGCACCGAGAUGGACUACCCGAACGACAGAGACGUCCUAGAGACUUUUGAUUGCGCUCAAACCAUCAGCUUCAGUUAUCGGUUCGCUCACAUCUCUCGGACGCUGAGAGCUCUACAGAGCUCUACAAAGACGUCGCUACGUAUUGACGAUGAGGGCCUGCUGAGUCUUCAGUUCCUUAUGCCAUCUCCUUCACCCAAACUAGGGAAAAGGGAUGAGGGCCCAGCGGCCUUCAUAGAAUUUCGUUGUUUAGCAUUGGACGAUGACUAG